CCUCGCCACCCCUCCGCUCGCCUCGCUGCACGCUCCGAGGUCUAAGAGUCUCCACUCUUCUCCAUCAGGUGGAGCCGUCCGCGCCUCCCGCCCCCCGCCUCGCCAGCGAACUGCGCGCAGGCACCUUGCAGCGCUAGGAGGUUAACCGAGCCCCCGGAGGAGGUGAGGCCAAGGAGCGGCCGGGCGGAGAUGGCCGGGCCGCCGUCGGGGCUGGCGCCAGAGCCCGGCCGGCUGUGGGUCCUGCAGCUUCAGUGAAAGGAGCCCUUCUGUCACUCGUCACUGGCUCCCGCGCCCGCCCGCUCGCGAGCUCGCUGUGGGAGGAGCCCGCCGGAGGAAGCCAAGCCGUGCGCCGGGGCCGCCGAGAGCCACAGAAUGGAUCUGCUCCGAGCGGGGACGCCGCUGACGAGCCCGGCUUCCCGCGGCGGCUAGGCGCCGGCCCCUGGCCUCGGCAGGCUGCGGAGACCCGGAGGCCCGAGCAGAGCGGGGCCGCGCCGAGGGACGGACGCGCGGACAGACCGAUGGUUGGCGCGAACCCGGGAGCAGCGCGGCGGAGGCUGAGCACGGCGAGCCGCCCGGGAGGAGAAACUAACUGCCGACCCAAGUUGCCGCGCCGGCUCUCCCUGGCCGCGCUGAGGAAUGAAACCUUUCCAGCUCGACCUGCUCUUCGUGUGCUUCUUCCUUUUCAGUCAAGAGCUGGGCCUCCAGAAGAGAGGAUGCUGUCUGGUGCUGGGCUACAUGGCCAAGGACAAGUUUCGGAGAAUGAAUGAAGGCCAAGUAUACUCCUUCAGCCAGCAACCCCAGGACCAGGCCGUGGUGUCGGGCCAGCCAGUGACGCUGCUGUGCGCCAUCCCCGAGUACGAUGGCUUCGUCCUGUGGAUCAAAGACGGCUUGGCUCUGGGUGUGGGCAGGGACCUCUCAAGUUACCCGCAGUACCUGGUGGUAGGGAACCACCUGUCAGGGGAGCAUCACCUGAAGAUCCUGCGAGCAGAGCUGCAAGACGACGCCGUGUACGAGUGCCAGGCCAUCCAAGCUGCCAUUCGCUCUCGCCCCGCACGCCUCACUGUCCUAGUGCCACCUGAUGACCCAGUCAUUCUGGGGGGACCUGUGAUCAGUCUGCGGGCCGGGGACCCCCUCAACCUCACCUGCCACGCAGACAACGCCAAGCCUGCGGCCUCCAUCAUCUGGUUGCGGAAGGGAGAGGUCAUCAAUGGGGCCACCUACUCCAAGACCCUGCUGCGAGACGGCAAGCGUGAGAGCAUUGUGAGUACCCUCUUCAUCUCCCCGGGCGAUGUGGAGAAUGGGCAGAGUAUCGUGUGCCGAGCCACCAACAAAGCCAUCCCGGGAGGGAAGGAGACUUCGGUCACCAUCGACAUCCAGCACCCCCCACUUGUCAACCUGUCAGUAGAACCACAGCCAGUGCUGGAGGACAACGUCGUCACGUUUCACUGCUCUGCAAAGGCCAACCCAGCUGUCACCCAGUACAGGUGGGCCAAGCGAGGCCAGAUCAUUAAGGAAGCAUCUGGGGAAGUGUAUCGGACCGCCGUGGACUACACGUACUUCUCAGAGCCUGUGUCCUGCGAGGUGACCAAUGCCCUGGGCAGCACCAACAUCAGCCGCACAGUGGACGUCUACUUUGGGCCCAGGAUGACCACAGAGCCCCAGUCACUGCUCGUGGAUCUGGGCUCUGAUGCUGUCUUCAGCUGUGCCUGGACAGGCAACCCCUCCCUGACCAUCGUCUGGAUGAAGCGAGGUUCGGGCGUGGUGCUAAGCAAUGAAAAGACCCUGACCCUCAAAACCGUCCGCCAGGAGGAUGCUGGGAAGUACGUGUGCCGAGCCGUGGUGCCCCGCGUGGGAGCCGGGGAGCGAGAGGUGACCCUCACAGUCAAUGGACCCCCCAUCAUCUCCAGCACCCAGACCCAGCAUGCCCUGCAUGGGGAGAAGGGCCAGAUCAAGUGUUUCAUCCGGAGCACGCCGCCACCCGACCGAAUCGCCUGGUCCUGGAAGGAGAAUGUGCUGGAGUCGGGGACGUCGGGGCGCUACACAGUGGAGACGGUCAGCACGGAAGAGGGGGUCAUCUCCACGCUGACAAUCAGCAACAUCGUGCGGGCCGACUUCCAGACCAUCUACAACUGUACCGCCUGGAACAGCUUCGGCUCCGACACGGAGAUCAUCCGGCUCAAGGAGCAAGGUUCGGAAAUGAAGUCGGGAGCCGGGCUGGAAGCAGAAUCUGUGCCGAUGGCCGUCAUCAUCGGGGUGGCCGUAGGAGCUGGCGUGGCCUUCCUCGUCCUUAUGGCAACCAUUGUGGCCUUCUGCUGUGCCCGCUCCCAGAGAAAUCUCAAAGGGGUUGUGUCGGCCAAGAAUGACAUCCGAGUGGAGAUUGUCCACAAGGAGCCGGCCUCCGGUCGGGAGGCCGAGGAACACCCCACCAUUAAGCAGCUGAUGAUGGACCGGGGUGAAUUCCAGCAAGACUCAGUACUGAAGCAGCUGGAAGUUCUCAAAGAAGAGGAGAAGGAGUUUCAGAACCUGAAGGACCCCACGAAUGGCUACUACAGCGUCAACACCUUCAAAGAGCACCACUCGACCCCCACGAUCUCGCUAAGCAGCUGCCAGCCGGACCUGCGCCCCGCGGGCAAGCAGCGCGUGCCCACGGGCAUGUCCUUCACCAACAUCUACAGCACCCUGAGCGGCCAGGGCCGCCUCUACGACUACGGGCAGAGGUUCGUGCUGGGCAUGGGCAGCUCGUCCAUCGAGCUCUGCGAGCGGGAGUUCCAGAGGGGCUCCCUCAGCGACAGCAGCUCCUUCCUGGACACGCAGUGUGACAGCAGCGUCAGCAGCAGCGGCAAGCAGGACGGCUACGUGCAGUUCGACAAGGCCAGCAAGGCCUCGGCCUCCUCCUCCCACCACUCCCAGUCCUCUUCCCAGAACUCCGACCCCAGCCGACCCCUGCAGCGGCGGAUGCAGACUCACGUCUGAGGAGCCCAACCCGGGGCUGGGGAGGGCUGCGGGGCGCUGGGGAGGGGGGGCGUGCCACCUUCUGGCUCUCCAGAGACUGUGGGUGCUUUGCAGAGGACCCCAGAACCGGCCGCUUCCGGGACAGCCCCCCGAGUGCCUCUGCCGCCGCCCUCCUCCGAAGCCCUGAUCAAGCACAAAUCCGGGUCCCCAGCUGCAGGUGCCAGAGGCGGGCCGGUGGGGACGCGGCCAGAGGAGGCCGCUGCGAGCGCUGUGCUCGGUGCUGGAUACUCGAUCCCCGGCCCUUUCCUGGAGGCCCCUCCCACAGGCACUCGAGGCAGCUAGAACUUGGCUUUAAUGAAACUGCCGUCCACUCUCCGGCCUCCCCACGAGCUCUACCCCUUGCUACCCGCAGCCCUAUCCCUGUGCCUGUCGCUCCUCCACACCCCGGGGGAGAGGGGAGGUGAGGCGCUUCCCAGCCCUGAGCUGCCCGCCAGACCCCCAGCGCCCCCUGCUGCUCAGAGCCCAGACCCUGGAUGCGGAGAAGCCAGAAAUGGCCCUAGAAUAUCUCUCCCACCAGACUGGCCGUGAGCCCGCCCCCAGUUUGUUCGGUGUUUUGUGUCCAUACUCUUGCAGUUCUGUCCUUGGACUUGAGGCCUCUGAACUCUGAGGUGGGACUGGCCCAGUCAGAGACUGGUGUCCUGGGAGGGGCAGGAGGGAACAGGGGCGCACCUGGGGAAACUUGCCCAACACUCCCCUCGCCAGGCUGUGCAGUUCAGAACCUCCCCACCCACCCCUGCUUCCUGUGCUGCCCUCCUCCCCUACAGCACCAUCGGAGCUAAUAUAAGAAGUGUGAGAGCUUCUCUGGGCCCGGGUUCUUCAGUUAUCUCAGAGAGUGUUUCCUGGAGCUCAUAGGGCUUAAGGGGACUAGAGGUCAGGUCUUUAAAAUGAUGAGACUAAGCUUCUCAGCUGCUGAGUCUCCAGGGGCCCAGAUCCACACAAGGAACAAUGGUUCUGCCUUCUGCAGGACUCCACGGGCAAGAGAGAAAGUCCAUCUACACAUCAUCCCACCUACUCGCCAGCUGAAAAUAAAUGUUAGGGCCGUUACUCCACCAUAUCCGUUCUGUCCUUUCAUUCCUGAAGAGCCAUGGGAAGAAGCCAAGAGCUCAGAGUAUGCUCUGGGAACACAAAGUUCUUUGCCCUUCUUUGAUUCAAUUGUCCUAGAUAAUGAAAGCAGGUGAUAGUUCUGGAUUUGGUGGCAACAGCCCCUACAAGCAGGCUCCUCUCCCCGUGAAUGGGCUCAGCCCAGAGGGUGUGCAAAGGCAGGACCCAUGCCCAAUACAGUGCAGAGGCAACAUGGUCAUCCUGGGCUUUAGAGGGGUCAUUCUAGGCCUUUCUCUCAGCAAUGUGCUGCCAGGGAAGCUCCCUCUGUUAGAGGUUCGGGGCAGGAGGCUCUCUUCAAAGAGCGUAUGCCACUGAACACCCUAAGACUUUGAGCCUCAAAUAAUGUCAGAAUGGCUUUGUUUGAAUGGAAGACUCUAGGUAGGGAUGGCAGACCAGACGGGAUGGACAGAUAGGGGCAAAUUAGAGUGCUGGCUGAGAAGCGGGAUCCAAAUGGAGCUUUGGAAAACCCAAAGUGUCCCUGAGGU